CUAUCCAAAUUAUGUAUUUCCUUGGAUACGUUAUGGGAAGAAAGUCCGUAUGAAGUAAUCCUUUUUCGCUGGAUUCAAUUUCUUCAAGACGAAACGUUGGAUACUCUCAAUAUUUCUUCACCAUUAAUUUUAACCAAGAUGAAAUUUGCAUCAAAUGAUCCUAGCUUUGAUUCAAGAGCUGUGCAAGACGUUCCUUCAUCCGCUGCUCUUCUUGGCACAAUUCUUGAUUUUGAUCAACAGGAAAGAGAACGAGUGUUUCGGACAAGCCAUUAUUGCUGUGGUGUUUGUUUCUGCGAAAAGACUGGUAGUGCCUGCAUUGCUUUCCCAAAGUGUGAACAUGUAUUUUGUACAGAAUGUAUUUCAGAAUAUUUUAAAGUUCAAAUUGAAAGUGGUUCUGUGAAAGCCCUAAACUGUCCUGAAACUAAGUGUGAAUCGCAGGCAUUACCGUACCAGGUCAAGAAUCUUGUUAGCCCUGAUCUAUUUGCCAAGUAUGAUAAAUAUCUCUUGCAGUCUAGUUUGGAUGAAAUGUCUGAUAUAGUUUAUUGUCCAAGGCCUUCGUGUCAAUCACCGGUAAUUUUGGAACAAGAUACAACAAUGGGUGUUUGUCAAGUAUGCCGCUUUGCCUUUUGUUCUUUGUGCAAAUUCACAUUUCAUGGUGUGUCGCCUUGUGUCUUCAAACCAAACGAAGUUAGAAGGUUGAAAAUGGAAUAUGAAAAUGCAACAGAAGCAGAAAAAUUAUUCUUAGAAAGACGGUAUGGGAAGAACCGAAUCCGUCGUAUGAUUGAUGAGUUUAUUUCAGAAGAAUGGCUGGUGGAUAAUUCCAAAACCUGCCCACGAUGUAAUGCUCAUAUUCAAAAAUCCGAAGGUUGCAACAAGAUGCAUUGUUCAAAGUGUCAUACUAAUUUCUGUUGGUUGUGUGGGAAGAUAUUGGAUCCUAAACAUCCUUAUCUUCAUUUCAAUCUGUGGAACUCGUCUUGCUUUAAUAAAUUGUUUGAAGGUGUGGAGGAAGAUAGUGAUUAA